UGUUUUGCUAGGCUUUUCUCGGGAGCGGACGACAGACGAACGGCUGCGAUGUUUUCAAAGGCAGCGAUGAACGUCACACAGCCGUAGGCUACAGUUAACGCUACAAUAUUUAGAAAAUAACUGUUAAUAUUACGGGAUUUUAAGUUAUAGCGGGACGUGGAUGAGUCGGUAGAAACGUCUGAUCCGGGUCGAAGGUGCAUGAUGAACCGGCUGUGCUGUAGGCGUCUAAGCUAGUCAGGUGCUGCACCAUGGCCAAACCUGGGGGCGACCGAGAUGGAGCCAUGGUGGAUAAGCAGGCGGGGAAGAAGAGUAAAGACAAGCUGUCGCCUUUCACCAAAACUCCAAAGUUGGAUCGGAGUGAAUUGCUGGGAAAGGAAGGGAAAGCCAAGUCUUCCAUGAAGCGCAAGCUUUCCUUCACUGCAAGUCCGCCCCGGACGGAGGAGCGGGACUCAGACACUGAUGACUCAGACCCAGGCCAGUCGAGUGAGACCUGGGGAGAGAGAUUAGUGCCCCCCUGCAGGAUAUACGCAGAUAAGGAUGGACCAGAUAAGAAGAAGGUGAAGAAGGAACCUGGGAGCAGAAAGUCCCAGUCCUCCAACCUUUUAUUCGGGUAUCCGCUGUCUGAGCGCAAACAGAUGGCUCUUCUCAUGCAGAUGACCGCCAACAGUCCAGACUCCACGCCAAGCCACCCCUCGCAGACGACGCCCAUACAGAAGAAGGUCCCCAGCAGCGCCUCGUCUCGACAGAAGGACAAAGUCAACAAGAGGAACGAGCGCGGGGAGACCCCCCUUCAUAUGGCAGCCAUCCGUGGAGACGCCAAGCAAGUUAAAGAGCUCAUUAGCCUGGGAGCCGAUGUCAAUGUCAAAGACUUUGCAGGUUGGACUCCUCUUCACGAAGCCUGUAAUCUGGGUUACUAUGACGUAGCAAAGGUUUUGAUAGCAGCAGGGGCAGAGGUGAACACGCAGGGUCUGGAUGACGACACGCCGCUUCAUGACGCUUCCAGCAGUGGCCAUAAAGACAUUGUGAAACUCCUACUUCGUCACGGCGGUAACGCCUUCCAAGCCAACAAACGCGGGGAGCGGCCGGUGGACGUGGCUGACUCCCAGGAGCUGGAGCAGCUGCUGAAAGGAGAGGUUCCUCUGUCAGAACAAGACGAGAGCUCCUCAGAAUCUGAAGACCCUCCAUCUGUCAAUCCGUCCAGCAUAGACGAAAACAUGGAGGACUCGGACACCGAAAAGGAAUCUGAUGGCAAACCGGUCUCAAAGGCGAUGUCGUCCGUGCUAGGCAUGGACGAGUAUGAAUUCAAAGAUGAGGAAGAAGAGGAGGACCUGAGCAAAGCCCUGAAUGACAGGCACAUCCCCAGGAGGGAGCUGAGGCAGCGGGAGAAGGAGGACAAAGAAAGAAAUCAUGUAGCGGGAAAGCAAAGCAGCAAGAGCGACUCUUCUACCAAGUCCAAAAAAACCAAGAGCUCUCGUGUCCAGUGCAGCUCCGACACUUCCAGCGACGAAAUGGAGAGCCUGUUAGAGAAAAGAAACUCCCCCACCUGCUCCCAGAGCUCAGAGAACCACAAAAUGGACACAAGGUUGAAAAAGGACAAUGUCGAGCUAAAGGACAAGGGUAAAGUGAAGAAGAAGAGCAAGAGCCAGAACAAAAACAAGGAAAACGAGGAAGACGGGAAGGAGAACAGCAAAACUUUAGUCCUCUCACUUGCUACUGUGUCCGAGAGCAACGAAAAGGGGCGGGAGGAGGACUCCUUUAAGAUGUCUUUCAGUCCUAAAGACGACUCCUCUGUCCACCUCUUCCAUCUGUCCUCCAUUAAAUCCCCUAAGCUGAAUCACAGCCUGGCAGACAAGCAGUGUCCACUCAAACAGGAAAACCCCAAGGUGUCCAUCAGCGACAGCUCUUACAACCACUACCCUGAUGCAGAUUACUGCACCGAAAGCUCCAGCACCAAGGGCUGCAAGCACAGGGAAAAGAGCAAGCAUCAACAGAAGGACGCCAGCAUGGACGGAGACGAUGGCCACUCGAGCCCCUGCAAGGACGGCGUGAUAGGAAACAGCAUUGACAGCGGCGAAGGGGUCUUAUGGAAGACUGAUUUGGAUGGAAAAGUGGUGAAGAAGCAUAAACUCAAACACAAGGAGAAAGAUAAACACAGGAGAGAGUAUAAAGCUGAGCGCAGCCGGCACAGGCAGAAGGAGCCCAGGAAAGACGGCCACAGGAAUCUGGAGUUCGACCGCGAGUUCUGGAAGGAAAACUUUUUUAAAAGCGACGAGGCAGACGAACCUCUGAUGGUGAAAAAGGAAGGUGAGGACCUUGGCUCAGUCCAGAAGGGGCCUGAUUCUUCUCCUGUCAAAGAUGAGAGAAACUCAAAGGAGAAGCACUCUGCUGUGAAGGAAAAGAAGCCGAGAGAGGAACGGGAAAAAGACAAGACGGUGAAGAAGGAGCGAAGAGAGGCUGUGGGGAAAGAGGAGAAGGCAAAGGACUCCAAGCCUAGCGAGCACGACGAGAAGGUAGACUGUCAUGGACUGGGCCAGAGUUCAGAGGAGUCGCCGCAGAGCAGCGGCAUGAAAGAGGAGACAGAGGAGAAACCCAUCACAGCUGAUCAGGAACAGCUGGAUCCGUCCGAAAAGGCCUCACGUGACAAAUCGGAUAGGAGGCUUCCAGGAAAAGAAAAGGAUCCAGAUAAAACGGAGAAAAGACAUCUGGAAAAGGAGAAAAAAAUCAAACUGGAGCACACCGACAGGGCUGAGCCACAGAAUUCAGUCGACCGCUGGAAAGAAAAAGACAGAACAGGAACCGUCUCUAACCUCACACCUGGAGACAAAAGCCACAGAGAGAGUGAGAAACUGAAAUCUAUAUCUGCGGCAAAGAAGCACGAAGAUGGCAGGAAAACUAAAGAGAAGCUUGAGAAACGCUCUGAGAAAGAGCGGCAGGACAGGGAGUACAACACGGCAGAUCACAAAGAAAAAGAUCGAGCAAACAGUGAAAGGAGGGGGAAACUUCCUGAGAAAUCCACAGAUCACAGCAAGUCUGAACGCUUGAAAGAAAAGGACUGUGACAGGAAAAAGAAAGAUAAGAUAAAAGAUGGCAGCAUUUCAUCAGGCUCCAACCUAAAGUUACCGGUAGAAGAUAAGAGGAGCUGUCUGUCUGAGAGCGGCAAGGUCUUUUCUACAAAAUCCAAGGAAGAAGCCGCAAAGACGCCGGAGAAGGAUCGAGAGCGGCGGGAGCGGGACUACGACAGACACAAAGAUAAAGACAGGCACAAAGACCGCUCCCAGCAGGUCCGCAUCAACAAAACGAAGCCCAGCGAGGGAGACCCCGACAAGAGCAAACCAAAAACCCCCACAGCCAUCCGGGACGCUAAGCCGAAGGAGAAACGCCUGGUGAACGACGACCUGAUGCAGACAAGCUUUGAGCGAAUGCUCAGCAUGAAAGACCAGGAGAUUGAGCUGUGGCAUCGGAAACAUCUGGAAAAAAUCAAGCAGAAAGAACGGGAGAGGCUGAAACAACGGCCUCUGUGCGAGGCGGGAAAGUCCAAACCCAAAGACAAAACCAAACCAGAACUCUGUGUGAACAAAGAGCUGACACGCUCUAAAAGCUCGGAAUCAUCCGACGCCCACGGCAGAGAGAAACACCUGAAAGACGGAAACGUCAACAGGACGCUGUCUCUGGAUGGGAAGAGCGUCCCCGCCAUCAGCGCGAAGGUCAUCUCUGUGGUUGAAAACUGCCUGAGCAGAUCGCCUCGGCCAGAGAGCGACCGCGCUGGCCUCAUGUCCCGCUCUGUGUCUUUAGUCUCUGUAGCGAGCUCCGAGGAGUCCUAUCAGGCCACAACGUUAACUUCCAGACAUGCGGAGUACGACUCGGACUUGAACCUGGAGACCUUCGACUCCCAGCAAGCGUUUCUCCAGUCUUCCCUUGUCAUCCAAGCCGCCAGGUCCCCGUCCGCCCUUGACAGAGACUGUAACAGUCUUCCAGACAUUCCCCAGAGUAACCAGACGCUGUUGCUGGGGAAGCAUGAACCACAGUACCUCCAGAGUGUUCUGGAGGAGGAUCCCAGCUCAUGCGUUGAGACUGAUAGCAUGGAGCAUCCGUCCAAGUGUGGCCUUACCAGCACCACGGCAGAGGAACCCAAAACUAUGGAGAGCUCAGAACCCGAGGAGAACCUCGUCAUUCAACAAAACCUAAACCCAUCAGCUGAUCCAGUGACCGAAAACGAGGGCUGCAGUGCAACAGGACUCCCUAUUGGAGAUCCUCCAAAUAAAAACCAGAUGCUUCCACAACUCGAUGCCUCUCUGACAGAGCAGAAAUCUCCUCCCUCCCCAGAUCCUGCUCUAGUGAAAGACGUCUCCGGUCCAGCGGAAACCUUGCAGGAGGAAUGUUGGAGCAAAGAAUCGGAUCAGCCAUCGGGAUUUGACGAACAGUCUGCCCUUAUGGACACAGAGUCCCCCCCUCAAUCAGAGACACUACCAACUUCCAGCACAGAGAAUCGGUCGGACGGCCUGCAGGUGUCGGACCAUCAUGAUGUACCUAUGGAGAACCCUGCACAUGAGAACACGGACACGGGUUCAGAAAACCCAAUACCUGAGGGGGCGAAUAGUCCACCUACAACCGCUAGUUUGCACAUUCCUACGUCUGCUUCAAGAGAGUUCCCAGCAGCUGAAGAAGACAAACCAGUAGAUGAUCCAGACAACUCCCAGCCUUCAACUGAGGACCUAGAACCAUGUCCUGAUGGUCCCAUGGAGGAUGCUUUGUCCUCUGCAACCCCCGAACACAAGUCAGAGGAGACGACUGACGCUCUGGAGAGCUCAGAGAGCUGCACUGCUGCUGCAGCAGAGAGCUCUUCCCUUGAAGGCAGCAAAGAGGAAACAUCUGGCGCUAAAGCUGAGAUCCCCUCGAAGCCGAUGGAGGUCACACCAGCAGACGACAAAACAGAGUCAUCAGCUGCAGAAGAGACGCAGACUGACAGUAGCAAUACCUCCGGGAGCUCCUCACCGCAGUCUGGAGCCAGAGACUCAGAUUCCUCAGGAGCUAAGCUCAAAGUUCGCCCCACGUACGAGGAUGUGGACGUCCACGUCCCUCAUCCCCGCAAGAGGAAGAUGCCCAAGCCGUCCAACUCCCCGCUGUGCUCCUCUGCCCAGCAGGAGAAGGAGAAGUGCCAACAGUCCCUCGCAGCCAUUGUGGAUUCUGUGAAGCUGGAGGAGAUCGAGCCCUACCAGACAGAGCGGGCCAACCCGUACUACGAGUUUCUGCACAUCCGCAAGAAGAUCGAAGAGAAGCGCAAAGUGCUGUGCAACGUCACGCCCCAGCCACCGCAGUAUUACGAUGAGUACGUCACCUUUAAUGGAUCCUACCUCCUGGAUGGGAACCCACUCAGCAAACUCUGCAUACCAACAAUAACUCCGCCUCCAUCUCUUCCUGAGCCGCUGAAGGAGAUGUUCAAGCAGCAGGAGGUUGUCCGAAUGAAGCUACGGCUGCAGCACAGUAUUGAAAGAGAAAAGCUGAUAGUUUCAAAUGAGCAGGAGGUCCUCCGAGUCCAUUACCGGGCUGCAAGAACACUAGCCAAUCAGACGUUGCCUUUUAGCGCCUGUACUGUCCUAUUGGACGCAGAAGUGUACAACAUGCCUCAGGACAUCCAGAAUGAUGAUGGAAAAACAUCAGUGAGGGACAGAUUCAACGCCCGGCAGUUCAUGUCCUGGUUACAGGAUGUUGACGACAAAUUUGAUAAACUGAAGACUUGUCUCCUGAUGAGGCAGCAGCACGAGGCGGCGGCUCUGAACGCCGUGCAGCGUCUCGAGUGGCAGCUCAAGCUGCAGGAGCUUGACCCGGCCACCUACAAGUCCACCAGCAUCUUUGAGAUCCCCGAGUUCUACAUCCCACUAGUAGAGGUCAACGACGACUUCGACCUGACCCCGAUAUGAGCCAUGGAACGGCCCGGGUCUGUGGCUGUGUCUUCGUAGGGACAAAGAAGGAAAUGUGAAGCACUUAGAAUGUGGCGAUCACACAGAGGAGCACUUAGAGCAUAGGUGGCUUUUACUCCAGAGCUCUUUCUAAAGAGUCAAAUGAGGACAAAAAAAAAAAAGAAAAAACAGGGUCCCGGCUGCAGAAGAAGAAACUGGGCCAGGUGGAGCAGAGCAGUCACACCUGAAAGAUUUCAAAUGUUUUCAAAGUGUUCAUACGUUGUGUACAGACUGUGCUCUUAAUUUUUUAACUUAUUUUAUACAUAAAAAAUGUGCAUUUGUACAUAGUCAUGUAAUUAUUGUUUUAAACCUGUAAAAA